GUAACUGCUAACAGUCCGCCUCAGAGACCAUGGAUUCCCUUGACAAGACCCAAUAGGACGAGACCUACAUGUAUUUUUACUGUAAUGUGUUACAACGUUUUGUGCGAUAAAUAUGCGACACGUCAGAUGUAUGGCUACUGUCCAAGCUGGGCACUAGACUGGGAAUAUCGGAAGAAGGGAAUUCUUCAAGAGAUUCGUCAUUAUGCAGCCGAUUUGAUAAGCCUCCAAGAAGUUGAAACGGACCAAUUUUACAACUUCUUCUUGCCAGAACUUAAACAUGAUGGCUAUGAUGGUAUUUUCUCUCCUAAAUCUCGAGCUAAAACGAUGGCUGAAAAUGACAGAAAAUACGUUGAUGGUUGUGCAAUCUUUUAUAGAACAGCCAAAUUCACUUUGAUAAAAGACCAUCUUGUAGAAUUUAAUCAAUUGGCAAUGGCAAAUGCCGAAGGGUCGGACCAUAUGUUAAAUAGAGUUAUGCCUAAGGAUAAUAUCGGAUUAGCAGCUUUGCUUAAAACAACCGAAGCAGCUUGGGAUAAUGGGCUUCCUUCGGAUCCAGUUCAAAUUGAACAACCAAUUCUCGUAUGCACUGCUCAUAUUCAUUGGGAUCCUGAGUAUUGUGAUGUAAAAUUAAUUCAGACAAUGAUGUUGAGUAACGAAUUACGAUCUAUUCUUGAUCAAGCAAGCCAGCAAUUCAAGCCUGGUCAUAAGCCUGACUCCAAUAUUGUACAACUUUUGCUUUGCGGUGAUUUUAAUUCAUUGCCAGAUUCAGGUGUAAUAGAAUUCUUGACGUCAGGAAGAGUUGCUUCUGAUCACCGUGAUUUCAAAGACCUUGCUUAUAAAUCUUGCUUACAAAAAAUUUCUGGAUGCGACAAACCAAAUGAAUUCAUCCAUUCAUUUAAGUUAGCUUCAGCUUAUAGUGAAGACAUAAUGCCGUAUACCAAUUAUACAUUCGACUUCAAAGGAAUUAUUGAUUAUAUUUUCUAUUCGAAACAAAGUAUGGUUCCACUAGGUUUAUUGGGGCCUUUAAGUCCUGACUGGUUCAGAGAACAUAAGGUUGUGGGAUGUCCUCAUCCUCAUAUCCCUUCAGAUCAUUUUCCUUUACUAGUGGAAUUAGAAAUGACGCCGACUAUAGGGACUAGUAAUGGUUUGAUUUCACGCAGGUAGCAGCCGCUCCGAUCUAGACCGAAAUAAAAAAGCAAAAACUGAUUACCGAUUAUGAAAACCCGAUGACUCCUUACAUUCUGGCUCUAGGAUUAUCACUCGCAACAGACUAUUAUUGAAAUAAUUGCAAAUGUUCAAAUACUCCACAUUACCGCACAUUCUAUUUAAACUGACCGAUAAAAUCAAUUAAUUUUAAUGAUUUAGGUGAUGGGAGCCAUGUUGUAAUGCGUUUAGCCCAUGUAUAGUGUAUUGCAUUUUUAAGAAGUUAUGAAUAUCAUCGUUAAUAAUCACGGUAAUAUGUAUGUAGAUACCUAUUUUCCUACUUAAAAAAAAAAAGAAAAAAAGAUUUAAGAAGCAAAUUAAAUAUUCCGAUCAAACCUCUGUGAUAUUGAGACUAAUUGGAACAAUUUCACAUAUUUAUUAAACACUUAGAAUCUACUAGAAAAAUUCUGGAAUCUUCCUAAAUGUCAUUACAACAAUCUCCAAGCCAAUUUUUUAAUAAAAAUGCUGCCAUCCAUUGAAAAAUUGUAUUUUUAAACAAAAACGACUAAAGAAGAAAAAAAAUAUACAUAUAUAUAAUAAAUAUAUAUGAAAACAUACACGCUAUACUGGGCUGUGCGAAAUGAUUGGAGUUGACUUAACAAUUUCAAUGCAAGUACAAAUCUGUUCUUAUUGGCCACGUAUAUUGAUAAUGAUAAUGUUAAAUAAUAAUUAAACAAAAAUAGAUGAUAUUAUAACAAAUGUAAUUGUAUGUAUGACUAUGUAAUAAUAUUCAUGUAUGGUAGUAUUGUCUAGAUUCGGUUGUCAUUCAUUCAUUAACAUUUUUUAAUUCAAUUUAUAUAUAAACAUACUUAAACGUAUGAAAUGUAUUAUUUUACUGCUUGUUGAUUCAGCUUCUACUUAUUUUGCUAGAUGAAUUUCAAAACGAUACGAUUUCUUCAUUUUUAAUAAUCGAAUAGGAAUAUAUUAAUAAUAUGAUGAAUUAACUCUAUCCAAAACAAUAUACAUUUUUGAAUAUAUUUGCGAGUGCAAUUGAUAUAAUUUUUCAUUUAUGAAAUAAAUUUAUUAUGCAAUUUUUCUCAGGACAAAUAUGAAAAUAUUUGAAAUUUUUUUCAUUUUAUAGAAUAUAGUUUUCACGACGAUCAAUUGUAAAUAAUUUUAAUCAAUAAUGAUUCUGUAAUUAACGAAUUUAAACAAUGUAAAAAUAGUUUUAAAUAAUUAUUUGAUACUCAAAACGAACUGAAUACAACAAGUGGUAACCGUGUGAAUUUAUAUAAUUUUGCAUAGAUAAUGAAUAUUUGUAGUGAAUGUUGUAAAAAAAAUUACAUAACUGACCAUUUUUAUGAAUCAAACAAAAUCGGGGUUCCAUAUUUGUAUAUUGGUUCAUUACGCUCGUUUCAUACCAUAAUUUAGAGCAAUUGAAUAAUAAGAUAUCACUAUAAUGAAUACAGUUUAUAAUUGAUCUCUGGCCUAAUUUGACAAGAUGCAUCAUGUAUUGUUUACCUUCAUUAAUGAAGGUAAUCUAUCAAUUUACCAUCUAAAUACGAUAAUUAAUUAAUUAAUAAUUCAUGUCUACCAUUUAAGCCUCUUAAAUUACGUUGACAAUAUUAUAUUUUAUUAUAAUCCUUUUACCAAUUAAUUACAAUGGAAACUCAUUAAUUAAAUGUAUUGUCAACAUUAUAUCUCAUUCAGGAUAAGUUACCAUCAUUUACAUCUUCAUGACUUUUUUGUCAUUAAUCGAAGUAUAUUUUACUCGAGAUACAUAAUUUGUAUUUAUAAUUUAAAAAAAUGAUUAGGCCACACAUGCAUGCACUGAAGAUAUCAGACUUGUUAUUUAGACAUUAAGACAUACGAAUUUCUAACGGAAAUUAAAAUGGAAAUUUUAUCGCAUAAUGAAAAAUAAGUGUGUUGUAUAAUUAAUUCCAUGAUCGUUUGGCAUUUUUCUUCUUUCCAAUAAGUGUAGUAAUAUAAUAAUAGUAAAGACAGAAGUACUUAUUUAUAAUUAUUAAGAUAUAAAUUUCCUAUUUUAUUUCUUUUAUAACAAUAACAAAGAACUUUAAAAAGGAAAUUAAUCGUAUAUUGAGUUGUAUGGGAUUUUUCAAUUAAUAAGUAAUUAUGUGAAAUGAUCGAAUAUGGAUAUUGAUAUUAAUUAUUUGAAUUGUGUAAUCGAUGCAAGCUAGAUAGGUUUAAUAAAUAAAAAUUCGACUAGUUAUCAUUUAAAGUUUAGCAAACAAUCAUGUUGUGUAGCAUAUAUUUGCUAUUGAUUGAUAAUUUCUGCUUUGUCAGUAUAGAUCUAUUGGCAACAAGAUGACAUUACAUCAACUUAACUUUAUUAAUUAUUAAUUGACUUUAAAUGCACAUCGAGUUUAUAUAGAUUGAGUGAUAAUUGAAGCAUAUUAAUUAUACAUGAUAAUAGUAAAAUAGUAUAAUGUAACUGCCUCUUUCAAUAACGGAAAAAUAUUAUAUUUAAUCAUAAAUCAAGAAAAGCUUUAUUCAAUAAUGUUAAUGAUAAAUAUUGAAAAAGAAAUCUUUGAUAUUAAAUUGAUCAUUCACAAUAAUAUUGUUGAAAUUUAAUAUCAAAUUAUAUUAAUUCAAUCGGGUCUCGCGUUGGCUUAUCAAUACAGUAAAAAAUUUUAAUAUAAGAAAUAAUCGCACAAUUAACGAGAAAAUUUUUUAUCACAAAUUAAUUAUUAUUAUGGUACCAUUUUGCACUUUUUCAUACAAUGUAGUUAAGCUACAACAAACAUAAUCAAUAUUUUACGUAUUUACAAUACAAGAUGCAUCCUUUUCCACCAUGAGCUAAUGGUGGAAUUUUAAUAAUUUAAUGUUAAGGAUUCUGUGCAUUUUUUAACAUUAAUUAAUACGCAUUUAGUUGAAAAAAAUUUUAAUAAUUUUUAUAGAACUGCACUGCUGUCAAAUUUAAGUCUUAUUUCAAUUAUUAUGUAAAUGAAUUAAUUUUCCAUCGUAUUGUCUAUUUUAAUGGUAACAUAUAUACGAGUAUGUUAACAUGUAUAUAAAUUUAUUUUUUAUCAAUGGUGUUUGCAAUUAAAAAAAGUUAUCAAUUAAUGUUGUAAUGAUAAAUACUCGCAAAUUAAAAGUGCAAAAGUACAAAUAAAUAGCUCAGCGAGGCCUGAUCGGAUAUUGAAUGAUGUAAGUUGUAAAGACAUGCUACGGAGAAAACGAAAAAAUCUAGUAGUUUCCAUCGUUUGUCUCAUAAUUUUUGAUUCAAUCAUGUUUUUUCAUCACUACAUCUCAUCAACGUUAUAAUUCAAUAUCCAUUCAAAGGUAUUGUAUAUUUCAAGUUUGAUUGACAAUGCAAUAAAUUGUAUGUGGGCUACGUUUUCAUCAUGAUUGAGUGUAAUAAUUAAUAAUUAAUAAAAUAAUAAAACAAGUAAAA